AUGUUGCUGGGGAAGCGACCGAGGCCCCAGGUGAGGCGGACGCCGAGCUCCGCGGAGUUCUCCUCGGCCGUCGUCUUCGAUGUAGAGGCCGCCCAGACGUCUAAUCAGGACGCGAUCGCUUGCCACUUUAAUCCGAGGGAGACGCGGUGGGGCGCGGCGGAGGCUGCGCAGAUCGGGGCCGCCGGGAGAGGAGGCUGUUGGGCGACGAGGCACGUGGGGUCCACGCUUUUCCUCCACAGCGGCGUGCACUGUGGGAACUCCGGCGACGGGACGGCGCCCUUCUUGAGGGCCUGCGGCCUCUGCAAUCGCCGCCUCGGACCUGGCCGAGAUACUUACAUGUAUAGGGGUGACAUUGCUUUCUGUAGCCUUGAGUGCCGCCAGCAACAAAUGAAUUCAGAUGAGCAGAAAGAGAAGUGCUAUCUAACUUCUAUGAAUGAUAAUCCUCUUGAAACUAGCUGCUCCAACCAAUCCGACUGUGAGGCAUCGAUCACUGCUACCUGA